AUGAUUGGAUUCGUGGACAAUGCUCAUCCUGACACAUACUACUGUGGACACGUGGUCCCAACAUAUCCAGCUCUAACCCAAUCUGAUAUCAUGCCAUGCACCACUGGAGGUGUGUUUGGUGUUAAUGGAGAUGAAGUGAAGUCAGUGUCAGUGAUGGAGGGAGAUUCUGUCACUCUACACACUGAGCUUAUUGAAAUACAGAGACAUGAUUAUAUACUGUGGCAGUUUGUCAAUAAAGGAACUAUUAUAGCUCAAAUCCAAAAGGAAAGCAGUGUUAUGUUUGACAGUAACAAGAUAUUUGGAGACGGACUGAAACUGAACAGUCAGACUGGAUCUCUCAUCAUCACAAACAUCAGAUUGACAGACUCUGGACUUUAUAAACUACAGAUCAGCAGGAACACAGCAACAUCAUACAAGAGAUUCAAUGUUACUGUCUAUGGUCGUCUGCCUGUUCCUGUCAUCAUCAGAAACUCUUCUCAAUGUUCUUCAUCAUCAGAAAGAUCUUCAGUGUCAAAAUGUGUGUUGUUGUGUUCAGUGAUGAAUGUGACACAUGUGAGUCUCUCCUGGUACAAAGGAAACAGUUUAUUGUCCAGCAUCAGUGUGUCUGAUCUCAACAUCAGACUCUCUCUACCUCUGGAGGUGGAAUAUCAGGAUACAAACACAUACAGAUGUGUGGUCAACAAUCCCAUCACAAACCACACACAACAUCUACACAUCAAUGAACUCUGCCAGUCGUGUUCCGCGAGAGAUCGGUACAGUGGAGAUAAUAAACUCCAGUGUCAUCAUAUGAAAUACUGA